AUGCUCAUCAAGGAGUACCGCAUCUGCAUGCCGCUCACCACCGAGGAGUACCGCGUGGGGCAGCUCUACACCAUCAGCAAGCACAGCCAUCAGGAGAGUGAGAAGGGUGAGGGCGUGGAGGUGGUGAAGAACGAACCCCACGAGGACCCUGUCCACGGCACUGGACAGUUCACCGAGAAGCGCGUCCACCUCUCCAGCAAACUGCCAAGCUGGGCACGGGCUGUGACCCCCCGCAUCUUCUACAUCACGGAGAAGGCCUGGAACUACUACCCCUACACUAUCACUGAGUACACGUGCUCCUUCCUGCCCAAGUUCUCCAUCUACAUUGAGACCAAGUACGAGGACAACUGUGGGGACAGCGAGAAUAUCUUCUGCAGUGAUAAAAUCCUGGGUGACCACGAGGUCACCUUCCUGGACAUCGCCUUUGACGAGAUCCCUGAGCGUUACUACCGCAGCCUGGAGGACCCCCGUUUCUUCAGCUCGGCCAAGACAGGCCGGGGGCCGCUGCGGGAGGGCUGGCGCCAGCACACCAAGCCCAUCAUGUGCUCCUACAAACUGGUGAGCGUGAAGUUCGAGGUGUGGGGGCUGCAGACACGGGUGGAGCAGUUUGUGCACAAGGUGAUCCGGGACAUCCUGCUGAUUGGGCACCGGCAGGCUUUCGCCUGGGUGGACGAGUGGUGCGGUGAGUCCACAGGGUCACCCCUGUGA